GGCUGUUUUAUUCGUGGAUGUGUAUGCAUGAGUUCUGCAUCGAAUGGGCGCAAAAACCGCCCCAGAUCAGCCGGGAACAUCUUCCAGAUCGGCAAGCCUCCCCACCGAGACCCGGAGAGGAGGGAGAGCACCGAAAGUGCCCGCAAAGCCCAGCGUGCCGUGGCCGACUGCAGAAUGAUCGUCCAAGAAUUCAAUACGCUUGUCGCUCUGUACCGUGAGCUGGUCAUCUCCAUUGGGGAAAUCACCGUGGACUGUCCUUCUUUGCGGGCCGAGAUGCUGAAGACCCGAACUAAAGGCUGCGAAAUGGCCAGAGCGGCGCACCACAGUCUCUCCUUGAUAUCGGGGCCAGAGGAUGGGGAGAUCCAUCCUGAGAUCUGUAGGCUCUUUAUCCAGCUGCAGUGCUGUCUGGAGAUGUACAUCACUGAGAUGCUCAAAUCUGUCUGCUUGCUGGGCUCCCUGCAGCUUCACAGGAAAGGUAAGGACUCCUGCGGCCCUACCGGAGUCCAAAAUAAGACAGAGGAGAGUUGUGACAUCCCCAUCCUAGAGGACACCUCCUCUACCCCCACUGACUGUCCUCAUCUCUCCUGGCUGGUGGCAACUGACAUAGAUAACAUAGAAAUGGAUAUGAGGGAGAUGAAGAAUCUUCUCAGUAAACUCAGGGAGACGAUGCCUUUACCAUUGAAGAACCAAGAUGACAGCAGUUUGCUGAACCUGACUCCCUACCCACUGGUCCGACAGAGGAAGAGGCGGUUCUUUGGGCUCUGUUGCCUGGUAACCAGCUGAGGGCCCCGCCUUCGUGGGUAGGAGGCGGCAACAAAGACACCAUUACCCACUGUCCUUCACCACUCGUGUCUCCCACCAAUCUAUUACUGCCAUUUUCAAAUGAAUUGUCUUUCUCUUUUUUUUUAAAGGCUGCCCAUUUUAUAAUUUUAUUUUGUAAUACAAAGAAUAAUUGUAACUGCAAUGUAAUGAAAACAAAAGUCAUGAACAUAUAUUUUAAGAUAUUUUGCAACAAAUUCUCCCUUUUUUGGUAAAUGAAGUCACAUAUCUGCUUGUACAAUGUAAAAGCGAAUGAGAGGUGAUAUGAAAAUAGUGUUGAUGUUUAUGUACUUCUGCAAACCGGAGUGACUGAAAUGAGGAUUCAUGUAAAAAAAAAAAGAGAAUGUAAUUGUCAGUUUUUGUCAAAAAUAAUGUGUUAAACUAUGAAUAGAAGCCAUCUGAAUAUUUCAAGAUGGCACUUGCAAAGUUAUAUCUUCGUAUGUCUAUGCCGGAAUGAGAGGUUUGUGCAGUGUAAGUUUGUUGUGUACUACAGUAUAUGUUUUCUGUUUAAUGCUGUUUUUUCUUAAUUUAGUCUUCCAUAAACCAAGUACCUGUAUCCAACUUUAACUUUUCAGCUUCAAAAUGGAAUAUAUGAUACUCAAAAUACUCAAAAUGAAAACUUCUUUGCACACAAUAUAUAUCUACAAACUGAGACGUUAGACAUGUAUAUACACAUACUCUUUAGGCAAUGCUCUCUGAAUUACUUUCAAAGUUGGAGAUGGUAAGUAAAUAAUCUGUUUGUUGGUGUAAACAGGGAGGUUCUCCCUCUGUCUCGGGCAGUCCAGGGCAGACAGAGGACACGCAGCAUGGGUCCAGCUUAUUAUGAUAGUGAUCAAUGUUCAUGACACGGUAAAGGUACAGUAGUCAAAGCGGAUAUAGGUCAUUUUACAUUGUUAAUAAAACUUUUGUUAUUGAAACUAAUAAA